AUGGAGCUCGAAAGCAGAGAGAGAGGCACCGCCACAUUCUCAUCCUCAGCAACCAGCAACAUGAGGCCCAACAAAAACAACACUACCACUAGCGGCACCGCCAAAAGAGACAAGUCAAUUGCUCGGUACAAUGCAGAUGCUGGCAUUUUAGCUGAGUAUGAGCAGUCUACUGCGUCUGGUAAGUCCUUUAACUAUUCAAGAUCAGUGCUUUAUCCUCCAGAAUCUGUACCUGAAGAGCAAAUAAGUGUCUAUUUCAAGAGAAUCCAAAGGGGUGCUCUUGUUCAAUCCUUUGGUUGUAUGCUUGCAAUUGAAGAACCCACUUUUAGAAUUAUCGGUUAUAGUGAGAAUUGCUUUGAGUUGUUGGGUUUGGAUAGUCUCUUUGAGUCAAAACAAUUAAAGGGUCUAAUUGGAAUUGAUUCUAGAACCUUGUUUACACCUUCUUCCGGGGCUUCACUGGCCAAAGCUGCUGCGUCCAGGGAGAUAUCAUUGUUAAACCCAAUUUGGGUUUAUUCUAGUAGUACCCAGAAGCCAUUUUAUGCUAUAUUGCAUAGAAUUGAUGUGGGAAUUGUGAUUGAUUUGGAGCCUGCUAGGUCUGGUGAUCCUGCAUUGUCGCUUGCAGGUGCUGUGCAGUCACAGAAACUUGCGGUCCGGGCAAUUUCUAGGCUUCAGUCUCUCCCUGGAGGAGAUAUUGGUGUGUUAUGUGAUACAGUUGUGGAAGAUGUUCAGAAGCUUACUGGAUAUGACAGAGUUAUGGUAUACAAGUUCCAUGAGGAUGAUCAUGGUGAAGUUGUGUCUGAAAUCAGAAGGGCGGAUUUAGAAUCCUAUUUGGGUUUACAUUAUCCUGCCACGGAUAUCCCUCAAGCCGCCCGUUUCUUGUUCAAGCAGAAUCGCGUACGCAUGAUUUGUGAUUGCAAUGCAAAUCCAGUUAAAAUCAUUCAAAGUGAAGAACUAAAGCAGCCUCUGUGCUUGGUCAAUUCAACCCUCCGGUCACCACAUGGCUGCCACAGACAGUACAUGGCCAACAUGGGAUCCAUUGCCUCAUUGGUGAUGGCAGUUAUUAUCAAUGGUGAUGAUUUGACGAAGCUUUGGGGGUUGGUAGUGUGCCACCACACUUCACCCCGCUAUGUCCCUUUCCCUCUUCGCUAUGCUUGUGAAUUUCUUAUGCAGGCAUUUGGGCUGCAGCUGUACAUGGAGCUUCAAUUGGCAGCACAAUUGGCUGAAAAAAAGGUUCUCAGAACACAAACCUUACUUUGUGACAUGCUCCUCCGGGACGCCCCAUCAGGUAUUGUGACCCAAUCUCCUAGUAUAAUGGAUCUAGUGAAGUGUGAUGGAGCUGCAUUGUAUUAUGGUGGGACAUGUUGGUUGUUAGGUGUAACUCCAACUGAAUCACAGGUUAAAGAUAUAGCAGAGUGGCUGCUAAGUAAUCAUGGGGAUUCCACAGGUCUGAGUACCGAUAGUUUGGCAGAAGCUGGUUACCCUGGUGCACCUUUACUGGGUGAUGCAGUCUGUGGUAUGGCUACUGCAAGAGCCAGUUCAAAGGAUUUCUUGUUUUGGUUCAGGUCUCACACUGCAGAGGAAGUCAAAUGGGGAGGAGCUAAGCAUCAUCCAGAGGAUAAGGAUGACGGUGGAAGGAUGCACCCAAGAUCAUCAUUUAAAGCUUUUCUUGAAGUAGUAAAAAGUAGAAGUUUGCCUUGGGAGGUCUCUGAAAUUAAUGCCAUCCACUCUUUACAGCUCAUAAUGAGAGACUCGUUUCACGAUAUGGAAGAAAGUGUUUCUAAGGCAGUAAAUAAUGCUCAUCAGAGUGAUACUGAAAUGCAGCCUCAGGGGAUAGAUGAACUCAGUUCUGUGGCAUGUGAAAUGGCUAAAUUGAUUGAGACAGCUUCAGUUCCGAUUUUUGGGGUUGAUUCAGCUGGUCUCAUCAAUGGAUGGAAUACAAAGAUGGCCGAAUUGACAGGAUUACAAGAUAGCAAAGCUAUGGGGAAGUCCCUAGCUAAUGAAAUUGUUUGUGAGGACUCACGGGGAGCUGUUGAAGAUCUUUUAUGCAGAGCCUUACAAGGUGAUGAGGACAAGAAUAUUGAGUUAAAACUGAGAAAUUUUGGGCUCUCUCAGCAUAACUCGGUUGUCUAUGUUGUAGCCAACACAUGCACAAGUAGGAAUCAUGCAAAGAAUGUUGUUGGUGUAUGCUUUGUGGGUCAAGAUAUUACUUGUGAAAAAGUUGUUAUGGAUAAAUUCAUCCGUUUGCAAGGCGAUUAUAAGGCUAUUAUACAGAGUCUUAACCCAUUGAUUCCACCCAUAUUUGCAUCUGAUGAGAAUGCCUGCUGCUCUGAAUGGAAUGCGGCCAUGGAAAAGCUUACUGGUUGGACAAGAGAUGACGUUAUUGGUAAAAUGCUUCCUGGGGAAAUCUUUGGAGGUUUCUGUCGGCUGAAAGGUCAAGAUACACUGACUAAAUUUAUGAUUGUAUUGUACCAAGGAAUCAGUGGUCAAGAUAUUGAGAAGUUUCCACUUGGGUUUUUUGAUAGAAAAGGGAACUUUGUUGAGGUGAUCUUAACAGCAAGCAAGAGGACUGAUGCAGGUGGAAAUAUAAUUGGUUGUUUCUGCUUCUUGCAAAUAUUUUUGCCUGACCUGCAGCAGCCCUUGGAAGGACACAAACAAGAGGGUAGAGAAGGCUUUUCAAAACUAAAGGAAUUAACAUACAUGCGACAAGAGAUGAAAAAUCCUUUAAAUGGUAUUCGGUUUACGCACAGACUACUUCAAAAUACAACUAUUUCAGAAUAUCAGAAGCAAUUUCUUGACACUAGUGAUGCGUGUGAAAGACAAAUCAUGACAGUCAUCGAGGAUAUGAAUAUGAGAAGCAUAGAGGAAGGUAGCGUGAAGCUGAACAUGGGAGACUUUGUCUUGGGAAACAUUUUGGAUGCCAUUGUUAGUCAAUCAAUGAUCUCAUUGAGGGAAAAGAAUCUGCAGCUUUUUCAUGAGAUUCCAGAAGAAGUUAAAUCACUAUCUUUGCAUGGGGAUCAAAUCAGGCUGCAGUUGGUCUUGUCAGAUUUCUUGCUCAAUGUAGUGAAUCAUGCACCUUCCCCAGAUGGCUGGGUUGAAAUUAAAAUUUUACCUGGUCUAAAGUUAAUACAGGACGGCAACAAUUGUAUCCGUUUACAGUUCAGAAUGACUCACCCCGGUCAAGGCCUUCCGGCUGCGCUUAUCCAAGAUAUGUUUGAGGGAGAAAAUCGAUGGACUACGCCAGAAGGGCUUGGCCUAAAUCUGUCCAGGAAACUUCUGAAUAGAAUGAAUGGUCAGGUUCAGUAUGUUAGAGAGCAUGACAAAUGUUACUUCCUCAUUGACCUUGAACUUAAAACCAGGAAAGAAGGGCAGAAGGUUUCAGUGUCACAGGCCGACAUGAGCACAAUGACUUAA